AUGAAAAUUAAAACUAUUAGCAGAUCAUCUGAUAAUUACCUGCCGGUGCGUGCGGACGACUCACAGCGCCUGCCGCGAAACCUGGAUCCGGCCCUACACCCUUUUGAGCGAGCUCGUGAGUACACGCGCGCUCUGAACGCCACGAAGCUGGACCGCGUAUUUGCGCAGCCAUUUGUGGGGCAAAUGGGUCGUGGUCACAUUGACGGUGUGUACUCGAUUGCUAAGAACACACGAACUCUUGCACACGUUGCGACAGGAUCCGGCGAUGGUGUGGUGAAACUGUGGGACCUGGCGUCACAAGAAGAAGCGUUAUCUGUGCAAGCACACUCAGAUAUUGUGAGAGGCAUGACAGUAGACCUUGAGGGAAAUUUGCUGUCGUGCUCAGCAGAUAAGACAGUUAAAUUGUGGGACGUUGCUGGAGCAGUUGCAACAAAGGAGGAUCACAUUGGAAGCCGCCGAUACGUCAAGGGAGGUGGUCAAGGAACUGGAGGCGCGUCGGAGGACGAGAUCAAGCCGCUGGCUACAUACAAAGGCACUGGAGCAUUUAUGGGAGUUGACCAUCAUCGAGACGAGCCCAAGUUUGUUACUGCAGGUGACAGCGUUGAACUUUGGGACAGUUCGCGGUCGAACCGGGCGGUUGCAAAUUUGAGUUGGGGUGCUGACAAUGUGUCAACUGUCAAGUUUAAUAUGACUGAAACUUCUGUUGUUGCUACAGCAGGUAGUGAUCGUUCGAUUGUGUUGUAUGAUAUCCGAACAUCGACACCUGUGCAAAAACUGGUCACAACACUGCGCACCAAUGCUCUGGCAUGGAAUCCAAUGGAGGCUUUUAUUUUCUGUGCUGGUAGUGAGGACCACAAUGUGUAUCUGUAUGAUAUGCGGAACCUGGACAAGGCACAAAACGUGAUGAAAGAUCAUGUUGCUGCUGUUAUGGAUGUUGAUUUUGAUCCCACUGGACAGGAGAUUGUGAGUGCCAGUUAUGAUCGGACGUUGCGAAUUUACCGGCAACGGGAAGGCCACUCUCGGGACAUUUAUCACACGAAGCGGAUGCAGCAUGUAUUUUGCGUGCGGUUUACUUCUGACUCCAAGUUUAUAGUGAGUGGUAGCGAUGACGGCAAUGUGCGGCUGUGGCGCCGCAAUGCGAGCGAGCGGGUUGGAAUUAUGAAUGCGCGGCAGUUAUCCAAGAAGAAUUACGACGACGCGCUCAAGGAGCGGUACAAGCAUAUGCACGAUAUUCGCAGAAUCUCAAGACACAGACAAGUUCCGAUUGCAGUCAAGCGUGCUAAGGAUACGAAACGUGAAGAGUUGGCUAAAAUUAAGCACAAGGAGGACAACUUGCGGAGAAACUCAAAGAAAGGUACUGUGCCAUAUGUUCCUGAACGUAAGAAGCAUAUUUUGGGAACUGCGAUUAAUAACGAUCAGCAGCAGCAAGAUGCUGAAAAUAAUGAAGAUUAUGAUGAAGAAUAA